UUUGUCGGCGUAGGUUUCUGGUAGUAGUAUUAGAAAAAUAAGAACAAGAAAAAAAGAAGCAGUUGUGGAAAAUUUGGAAAAAGGAAAUAAAAUUCAAAGAAAAAUUGCAGAAAUCUUUAUUACAAACGAUAAGAAAUAGUGUAUAUGUCGUGAAAAAUUGGGACAAUCAAGGAAAAUUGUAUAAUUUCUGAAAAUUAUUUAACAAUUGGAAGCUGAAAAGGCAUUUUCCAGCAAAAUGAGUGUGCUAACAUAUCCACCCACAAAUGAAGAGGAAAUAUUUCGCCAUUGUACCAAAGAAUGCGGCAUCAUAACAUCUACAGAGGAUCAGCAAUAUUUUGCGCUUGGAUGCCUAACAUGUUCGGAGAAAUUUAUGUAUUUCGACGCUUUCAUAGAACACAUGCAAACAAUGCAUGUUUCCUAUGACAAUAGUGGUGGUAGUGUUUAUGGCCGUAACUCAAACAAUGGUGAAAGAAGUAAACUUAAACGACGUCUGGAACAUGAUAGUGAAGAAGAUUUGACGACAAUGCUACUGCCACCGGUGGUAAUGAUUAAGGAGGAAAAGAUAGAUGAGGAUGAUGAUGGAAAUGGAGCUCUUAUACAAAAUGAGCCUUUGGCUAACGAUGAUGAUGAUGAUUAUACCGGAGGUUAUUACAGUGUUAAACAAGAGCAAACAGAUCCGGAAAUCAGUAUGGAAGUUGGCGAUUCCAGUUAUAUGGGUGACUCAUUUGGUAGUUACAAUGAUGAAUAUGCCGGUGACGACGAUGACCUAGAACAAAGUAAUAAUGGUGAUGACACCAACUAUGAUGAUUUAGUUGAAGAAUCUUUAUUGGAGAAUACCGCCUCAGUUGGCGUCACCAGUCAUAUAAAAGAUCGCAAAAUGAUACAAUUUCUUAUUGACGCCUAUCGUCGUAAUACAUUUCUGUGGGAUCAUCGUCACCCACAAUUUCGUGAUCGUGUGCGACGCAGUCAAUUUAUUGACUACAUAAAUUCCGAAUUCAAAAAACGUUUCAAUCUUACUCUCGCUAAAGAUGCUGUCACUCGUAAGUGGGACAAUUUACGUACAGUCUAUAAACGUGAAUGCAAUCGUAUGGCUUUGGAAAAGACAAACGUCAGUACAUUGUGGUAUUUCAAAGAAUUACAUUUUCUUAAUCGUCUCUAUGGUGGUAAUCAAAAAAUAUCGGAUGCUGUUGUUAAGGAAACCGUAUAUCGCAGACGUUAUUCAGCUUUAUGGAAUGAUAUUUCUACCAAUAAAAUGCUACAGUUACUGAAAUGUUAUCCUUGCUUCUAUGACAAAUACAAUAUAGAUUAUCGUAGUAAAGAGAAACGUGGAGAAGCCCUUCAAAGAAUGGUCAAUGAAUUGGUAGGCUAUAUUGAUGUAACAACUAUACAAAUUUCCAAGCGUAUUUCCCAAUUGCGUUUUGAUUAUUCGAAACAAAAACAAGAACGUUUAAUGUGUGAAAUGAGUGGAAGAGCCUUUUCGCCCACAUACAGUUAUUAUGAGGCUAUGUUUUUCAUGGAUAAUGAUAUAGCACCAUUUAAAUGUGAACACUGUCCCAUGAUUUUGAAUUCACCACGUGAACUGGACACCCAUUUGCUAACACACCAGCAUAAAAUACAACAGCAACCUCAUCCUGUGUCUGGAGCUUCAGCAUCAAAAUUAUACCACUCUGGAGUUGGUGGAUCAAAUAUGGGUGGCUCCAACUACUAUUGUCCAGUUUGUCAGCUGGGCUUCAAUGAUUUAGAACAAUACACACGUCAUAAGCAAAUACAUCCUGCUCUGAAAGAAGUUAAAUAUCAUUGCGACUUGUGUACGGCCAGUUUUCGUGAAAAGAGCAAUUUCGACGAACAUAUGCGAAGGCAUAAUGACGAACUUCUAUUGCCUGAUUUAACAUCUAUGAACCCGGAUGAUGGUGAGGAAGAAUUAAUAACAGACGACAGAAUAGCCAACAGUUCACCCACACGAUCAGAUGAUGGACGUGGUUUUCGCUGUCACUAUCCCAACUGCGCUAAACAGUUUACUACACGCAACACUAUGAUGGAUCAUGUCAAGUCACAUUACAACGAGGAGGAAUUCAGCUGCGAUAUCUGUGGUAAGGUAUUUAGAUCUAUUAAGAAUUUACAAAAUCACAAACAAAUUCACGAUGCUGUUAAGAAAUAUAUUUGUAAAAUAUGUGGUUCAGCUUUUGCCCAGGCGGCUGGUUUAUACUUACAUAAACGGCGACACAAUCGACAACAACUAGAACGUACUUAAGCUUUUUAACAAUUUUUCUUAAAACUUAUCAUUCAUUACUGCUAUAUAUUAUUAAUUUUAGUUUUUGUUUGAUUUAUUCUCUAAGUGUGCACAAGAUAUUUAUGUAAGAUUAUAUAGGCCUCAUUCGUAAACAAAUUUUAAAUUUAUCAAAAGUUUUAUAAAACUAAAAUUUUAUAUGGAAAUUUUGUUUAAUACAACUUUGAUAAACUUUUAACUUGAUUGUGAAAUAGGCAAUAAGAGAGUAUUAUAGAACUCUAGAAAAUAUCAAGGACAAACAAACAUUCUAUUGCUUUUUUGUUCUUGUCUUACUAGUUAUGUACUUUUAUAUUUAAUUGAACAGUUAUUAAAUUAUUAUUUAACAUGGUCC